AUGGGAUCAUAUCCAGCCUUGGUGUUCAUCCUGCUGUUUUCAGCUACUCUGUUCUCCAGUGGUGAUGGUGGAAAAGUGCUGGUUUACCCUAUAGAUGGAAGCCACUGGCUUAACAUGAAAAUCCUGUUGGAGGCGCUUCAUUCUCAGGGACAUCAAAUCACAGUACUGCGUUCCUCUACCAGUUGGUACAUUUCAGAGUUUUCACCUCAUUACACCUCCAUCACCAUCACCCAGGAACAGUCCCAGAAUUUGGAGAGCCAAGACUUCAUGACCUCUUUCUUGAAGAGGUCAAUAGAGAUCCGGCGGCACAGAGGCUCACUAUGGGCGUUUGUGGAGUUUUAUAGGAAUCUUUUCAACAUGAUAGGGGAGAACCAGCAAACUGUGGCAAAACUGGCCGUCAGCAUCUUUGAGAAUAAGACCCUAAUCAAGGAGCUAAAGGAAACUGGAUAUGAUCUUAUUCUAACUGAUCCUGCAUUUCCGUGUGGCGUGCUGGUGGCACACUAUCUCCAGCUUCCCAUGGUUUUCAAUGUCCGCUGGCUUUUCAACGGGGAAGCCCACUUCGCCAUCGCUCCCUCUCCUCUCUCCUACACCCCCCAAUUAUUCUCUGAGUUCUCUGACAAGAUGGACUUUUUCCAAAGAAUCAAAAACAUAAUCUUUCAUAGCAUACUGGUUUACAUGUAUUACUAUGUCUCAAAUCCGCCUUACCAGGCUGUGUGUGAUCAUUAUUUUGGACCUGAUGUCAGCGUGUGGUCUCUCAUGCAGGGAGCUGAUAUUUGGCUGAUGCGGGUUGACUUUACAUUCGAGCUCCCUCGUCCCACCAUGCCCAACGUUGUCUACAUUGGAGGCUUUCAGGGUAAGCCCUCCAAGCCUCUUCCAUCAGAUUUAGAG